GCAUCGUGAAGUAUAGCGCGCGGGAAGUAAAAAGUCCACACCACUUCAUGGACGGCGGCGCCACCACCAGCACCAUCCUCCGCGGCCGAACCCCGACCUCCGUUGCCGGCCCCAAUGGCGGCUCCACUGCCAUCCACGUCACUGCUCUCGACGGCAUCCUCCAUGCCAACUCCCUCUUCACCUUCGCCGCCUUCGUCGGCCUCACCUGGAACCCCUCCUCCUCUGGUGGCAAAGACAAGUGCAGCACCGGAGUUCGCACAGUUGAACAUCUUGUCACCUGCCACGUUGUCGCCUUCGCCUGCUUCCUUUUCUCCAGCAUCAUAGCCCUAUGCCUCAAGCAGGCCGUGACCUGCCGGUGCGCCGCCCCCCGGUCUGCCGCCUCCACUGCCCGGAUCAACCGGGCGGUGCUGCGCGCGGGGAUCGUCGCCUCCGCCGCAGGGUCGACGUUCGCCGUCGGGUUCCUGAUGGUUGCCCUCGUAAACCUGGUGCAGGUGAGGCUCGGGAGGAUCGGCUGCCACGGUGGCGAAGGUGGCGUCGCCGCCGUCGCCGCCGUCGUUGUACUCCUCACCCUCGUCCCGUCGGCCAUGCUGAUCUACGUUGGUAUCGUUCUGUACGCUUUUACUCGUUGAAUUUGUAUCGAGAAUUAAUCCUCAUUUAUGUCAUGGAGUAGACACUAUAUAUAAAUACGAAUUUCAUAUCCCCAGUUUCCUUGCAUAUUGGCAUCUUAUUUUAUCCUUGUCUAACUCUACUAUUAUUGGCAAACAAUUAGGUCGUUAUGUUCAUUUUAUUCAAUUUAAUAUAUAAUUUGAUUUUGAAUGCAAAAGGACCAAAUAUUCUUGUGUGUGGCUUAUUUACAAAUCAAAAAAGAAGAAAAUUAAAAGAGAAGAAAAAAAGAGAACAGUUCCAUGUGCAUCUAAUUAAUUAAUUAAUUAAGGCUAUUUCGAAAAGUUCUUAGGGAGCUUGGUGUAAAAAGAUUUGAACUUAAUCGAACUAGAACUUUCAACGCCGACCAUGCAUCAAUAAAAGAAACAAAGAUUAUUGGGCGUGUCUCCUAAAAGCCACCACGCGUCAUACUGUACAAGUUUUUAAAUAUUUGCCUCUAUGAGACUAUGACACCUUUUUCUA